AUGUUCCAUCUCACUACGAGACGAGAUACUUUGCUCAACUCCACGCUUUCUACGGAACUAGCCUCCACGCCGGACGCAAUGACGAAGUUUCUAGAAGACCCGUUUGGGACAUGGCAAACAACCCUACUCUUCAUUGUCCUGCUCAUGGCCUUGGGCAUUUGUGUGGGUUUUCUAGGCACGCGCUACGCGGAGGUACUCAGAUUCAACACCUUCAGCUACGACACACUUCCAUUGACUCUCGAGGGGCGACAACCGAAGCGCUCGGCCAAUGGAGGGGAAGUCGCGGCAUGUCUGUUCGCCGAAACACCAAUCACUCAGGCUAGCCGGUUGCAUGACGACGACCAGUUCAACCUCAGACGACGACCUGGAACCGCAAAUGUUCGGCCUAACUUCGUCGCGAUUGGACAAGUUCAAGAAGGGACGAUAGCGCAGAGAAGAGCGUCAUUACCUACGGGCGCUGGAACAAACACGAAUGUACGCGGCCGCCUGGAAUUGAAGCCCGUGCAGAUCCAAGAGAGUCAGUCGAUGUUGUCAAAGAAAGCGAUGUCUAUGGUACGAUUCGGGGCAGAUAUUACAAUCAUGAGAUCGGCUUGGUUCGAAGAGGCCACUGACAACAAAGAUUCUCGUUCAAUCGAUCUUUAA